AUAGGAAUUCUGUAAUUAUCAAAUAAGGCAUCUGAAUACUUUUAAUCUACUGUUUUACAUAAAUAUCCAUAUAUGCGUGUCAUAAUAAGAACAUAUGCAUUUAAUAUAAUCAUCUGCGGAACGGAAAGACAAGAAGAUUCCAUUUUGCCGGAUGUCACUAUGUUAAUUUUUCACCGAGUUAUAGCGUUUUGAAAAUCAACGUAUGUGCACGACGUAUGCAUUUGCGUACGUAUAUGUCGCGUGGCUGUUACGUAACUCUUACGGUACUACGACUCAGCUGAUCAGCUGAUCAGUAGUGGACAGUAGUAAGACUUCCAGGAAAUCGAGUAAAAUUUAUGCUCGCUUGUCGGACGGUUCCGCUCUGUAUCGGGAUCAUUCGGAAUGAACAGAUGAUCGUGGUUCAAUACAGCUGUCAAUAUCAAUCUUUGCAGAUAAAAAGAUUGGAAAAAAUGCAUUUUAAAGCUAUUAUUCUAAUAUUUGUGAUAAACUGAGAAUGAUUUAUCUCGGAUAAUUGAUUCGUGCGAGACAUCAUUGAUUAAUUAAAAAAAUAAAAUUAACCUUUUCGAUAUGGCAGCACAAGAAACCGGCCGGCCUGUCAAAUUUAUAGAAGACGUAUAUACAGCUGAACCUUCUAUACCGGAAGAGUUAGCAUCUAAAAGUAAAUUGUCGCCGCAAUUUCAGGCUCGAACACCCGAGGAAAAUUCAAAGACCAACGACAACGAUAUACCCGAGCCACAACCGCCACCCACCACGCCGACCAAAACGCGUAGUGUCACACCACCCUCGUCUAUUGUGACGCCCCGAGCCGUGAGAAGUGGACUGGCCAAAUCUCCGGAAGCCACGACGCCCAGAAGGCAACACGCGCUAGAGACGGAAGGUUCAACCCUCGUGAACGGACGCACGUCCAAGACACCCUCACCGGACGCGAUAAACGAUAGAAAUACGUCAAAGGAUCGCUCACCGAGGUCACCGAUUUCUCCCCGUCCACCCAGCAGCCUGCGCGUCAAAUCCGCCGGCGACAAGUCUACCCCGAGCACUCCUAGAACAUCCCCCCUUACACCUAGCAAAACAUCGCCCGGAACACCGAGGAAAACUCCGUCUCCGAAAGAGUUGCGUCUUCCGAAACUCGCGCCUUCACCGAUACCUCAAGAAACAAGUCCGGCGACUCCUGAAACUCACGUGAAAAUCUCUUUACCGAAACUAAUCGAGCCAUCUUCACAAGCCACCCGAAUGGCAUAUUAGAACUGUCAAAUCAAAAACGCAACGAGUUUUUUAGUAUAGCACGCUUCGAAUAGUUCAUUCUUUCUUUUGUGGUUUUGUUAACUAAUUUGAAGUUAAUCUUUUCUUAACAAAAAUUGUAUACUUUUGUUACAAUUUCUUACGACUAACUUUAAAACGUGUUUAAAAUUUUUUACACGGUAAUCAACAUUGAAGAACGUUUAAAAUGUCAAAUCAGUCUACUUGAAACUAAAUAAGGAUAAGAUUAUCUGUUUGCAAAUCUGAAAAAACGUAUCUAUAAUUUUUAAUCCUUUAUCGAUAUCAAAAUUUGAUAAUUUUAUUAAGGAAAAAUUUACUUCAGAUUAAUUCAAGAUUCGUAUUAUAAAAGGAAAUGAGAUCUGGAACAUCUAUAUGUCAUAAAAGUGCGAAAGAAUUAGUGACUUAGAAAAAAUGAUGGUAGAAAAUUCGUAACAAAUCACAUUUAGUAGAGUAAAUAUCUUCAUUUUAUUAAUGAAUAUAACCUCAAGUAAAUACUUUUCUAUUAUAAGAAUAAUCUUAAUCGAGUAUAAAAAAUAGAUUCGACAGUAAGCUAAAAAUUCGAGGCGAUACGGAAUACGGGCUUGAUUCUCGCAAGUCCUAUUUUCCAGCUAAUCCGUGUAAUUACCAACCCCGUCUUCCUUUGUGUGGAAGAUUGACCUCUAACGGGUGUCGGAAAUCAAAAUACCGUCCAUUGAAAAUGUUAUAUGUUCUAUGUUACGAAUGAUUCUAAUAUUCUUUUCUCAAUUUUGUUAAAUCUCUAUAUAAGAAAUGUUAUUGUUAUUUUUCAAUUUGAACACUAUAGAUUUUUAUAAGGCAUUUAUAACAACUUGAUUAUAAAUUAAUGGCUUAUAUCGUAUUACUUGACAAAGAGCACAAUUCCUGAAAAUAAAUAAAAUAUAGAAAAAUA